UAUCUUCAGUUUGUUAUUGUUCUUCGACUACUGUGCCGUGCAGUUUUGAUAGGACCAACGGACAUUACGAAAGAUUCGUUAUUAUUUUUUCUUCUGCCGUUAGUGAAUAAUUAUUGUGAAUUACCGGAUUUUACUCGGGCAUUGGUGAGGUGAUGAGUGUUUAUUUUGUUCAUUGGAUUUCAAUAAUGCGAAGAAUGUGAUUUUUAUUUUGCUUGGAGACUUCAUAUCACGUGAAGAAACAGAGUGGAGGCGGCAUGGAGACUGUAGAAGGGGGCAGCGGAGGCGGCAGCAACCGCCUCCGGCCUUCCAGCCUAGGGCGGCGCCUCUCCAGGAGGCUGUCGCUCAUCUCCAAGAUGCCAACUCUGCUCGCUGAGAAGACAAGGGGCGGCUCCAGGGACUCCAGCGCCGGCUCCAGCUCUAGACGACUUGAGAUCACUGUCAUUGCGCCCGACAAGACUCAGAGAAUUUUGUAUGCGGAGCAUGACGAAAGUGUGGGGGACGUGUUGCGCCUGCUGCUGGCCGAGUACAGUGUGCAAGUGCCUCGCCUCUCAUUGGCUGGCUCCAGGGCUGAGGUGGACGCCAGCGCACGAGCCUCGCUGCUCGACGGGGAGAUACUCAUUGUCGAUGAGGGACUCAGGAAACUCCGAGCUCAAGGAGAUGAGAAUACACUUUAUCGAGCAACUGAGCAUUUCUUAUUGGAUGAAGUGGACUACAUAGUCUCACUGCGCAGCAUUGGUGAGCUGUAUGCCAAUCCAAUUCGCAGAUUGGGUUAUCUGGAACCUGAUGAGUAUCAAGAGAUAUUUGAUGCUAUCACCGGCUUGGUACAUGUUUGUCAAACACUCACUGAACAGCUGGAAAAAGUAUUGGACGACUGGGAAAUUGAAACAAUUAAAAUUGGCCAAUUGUUCCCGGAUAAUCUCUGGAACCAGUAUGAAGAUUAUCAGGAUGUGUACAGGAAAGCCAGACAAUUGCUGAGAGAGAAGACUGAGGAUGACGACUUCGUUGAAUUGUGUAAGCUGAGGAAAGGAGCUGCCAAGCAUUCCUUACAAUCACUAUUGGAUUUACCGGUGCAAAGGCUGGCUCAGUAUGAACAAUACCUGCAGACAUAUAUAACGGACAGCUCUCUACAGCAGCAAAGCAAUGAGGAGCGAGAGAAUGCCGCCAAAGCUAAGGCCAAGGCCAAGCAGGCGGUGAAGCGUGGACAGGAGGAGAGUGAUUUGGAGCGCAUUCAGGACAUCUUUCCCAACGACGAUCUACACCUCUAUGAUAAGGAUGUGCUCACUAUGAGGAUGAAAGGACUGAUGCGCAAGCGCUCAGGCACGGCUGCGCGCCUGACGCGCGCGCUGUCGGCCAAGUCGCUGCGACCCGAAUCGCCGCCGCCGGCGACCGCAGUCGCGCCGCAGCAGUCGCAAUCGCGACGCCAGUUCGUGAUGGAGGCGCCCGUGCAGCUGACGGCCGGUGUGCAGAGCCAGGACCGACAUCUCUUUCUGUUCGACGACCUCCUGCUAGUGGCCAAGGCGCGCUCUGGCGGCAACUUCAAGCUCAAAGACAAGGUGCGCGUUUCCGAGCUGUGGCUGACUGCGUCGCCCGCCGCCCUGGACGAUGUUGCCGAGCUGCAUCGGUCGCCCGACACCUCCUUCGUGAUUGGCUGGCCAACCACCAAUGUCGUCGCCACAUUCACUACAUGUAAGCAGCCGCACGAGAACGAGGUGAAGAAGAGUGCGAAGAAGGCGGGUCGCAUUCGGAUCGGGCAGGUGUUCAGGAGGAGUCUGAGCAAGGACAACUCAGGCUGCCUUUUCGGUCAGCCGCUCGCCCGAGUCUGUGAAGGAGAAACUCUGCCUCGUCCUGUCAUGAUGAUGCUGCAACAAGUGCUGGCGAAGGGCCCGUUCACACAGGGCAUCUUUCGGAAGUCGGCGAACGCGCGACUGGUGCGCGAACUGCGAGAGAAGCUGGACAGCGGCGACGAGGCCGUGGCCUGGGAGCACAUCCCCGUGCUGGUCACCGCCGCACUCCUCAAGGACUUCCUGCGGUCGCUGCCCGACCCCCUCCUCACAUCCGCGCUCUAUCCACACUGGAAGGCCGCGCUCGACGCGCCCAAUCCAAACACCAAACUCAUCAUGCUCAAACAAGUUCUGCAACAGUUGCCGAAAGCGAACCACUCACUGCUGGCGUACUUUGUGUGCGUACUGCACCAUAUAUCGCGACGCUCGGCUCAGAACCUGAUGUCGGCCGCCAACCUGGGCGUCUGCGUCGGCCCCAGCCUGCUGUGGGGUGGAGGCGGGUGUCCUGGGGGCAGUGGAGGCGGCGUCGUGGUGGAGGAUCUGCGUGCCGUGCCUGCUCUAGUGGAGGCACUCAUCACCAACUGCCAGUUCUUGCUCGGUUCACAUGUGCCGCAUUUGCUCGGUGAUCCUCGCGACUCUGGCACUGAGGAGUCUGACUCACUAAGGAGAGACGACUCGUCAAUAGACAGUCUGGAGUGUUCGCCACCGCCGCGAAAGGACAAGAUGUCGCUGUCACGUGACUCGGGACUCACCAUGUCCGAUUCGCAGCUCUACACGCCUGAUGAGGAGGAGUCCGGAUCCACCAGUUCUAGUGGCUACGAUCCUGCCUUCGAUCCCCAUACCAAGGUGACACCAUCGUUGUCAGUGCCGGGCGAGUAUGUGCGAGUGUACGGCGGCUGGGAGGAGCGACUCAACCCGAACUUCUCACGACAGGCGUGGUUCCGGCAGCGGUCGCGACGCCUCAGCUCGGCGCCCAACGCCAACCAGAAGGGCCAAGAGGACGCCGUCAGAAGGAGUGCCUCCGAGGAGUCCCUCCUUGACUCAGCACCGCCCCCCACCCCACCCCGUCGCAACAGACCCGACAACUCCGCUCUCAAGUGCGAACUGUUGUCGCCCAUUCGACAGGCCAACGACAAGAAUGAAUUUCCUGAAGACAAGUUCGGCCGACACCCGCCGCUGCGGAAGGUCACAGCAGUGCAUUGUGAAGUGGUCGAUGUUUCAUAUAAAGAGAAUCCUCUUCAUCUGUAUAGUGUCAACUGUGCUAGGAACAAUGAAGCAGACUCAAGUUAUGCCAAGAAUAAUUUUGUUUCACCGAGAAUACCUGCCGAACAGAUGUAUAGUUCUCAGGCAGCCUGUGAACAGAAGUACUCUAGGUCGAGGGGGGUCGACGCGCAGUACUCGACGCCGAUAAGUGGUCAUGUGCAGAGACUGAGCGAGAGUUACAGUUCGCCGAGGCUACACGACAGUUCGCCGAGUCACGACUCGCCCAAGAUGCCUCGCCCGAGUGAGUACUACUAUUCGACGCCGGAGGCGGAGGAGAUGGAGAACGGAGGCGGCGAGUGCGAGGACUCGAGCACACUGUCCGAUGACGACUGCACGCCACACGUGUCUCGCUCGAAUUCGCGCGGCAACGAGGUCACACCGAAGCUGCGGCAUCUGCCGCCCGUACAUGUGGCCGACGCGGCAACUGCGGCCCCCAGCCGCGGCCGCCUCCGCCGCAAGGAGGAGCGUGCUGCCCACGCGCACCGCUCCCGCUCCCUGCCGCCGCCACCCCCCUACCGGCCGCCGCCUCCCGCCAACACCGCCUCCAACAGACGCGCCCCUAUCACAUCCUACUACCUCGGCGAUUGCAGCCAGUCUCAACGCUAUGUCGUCACUAGAUCCUUUCUCGACGAGGAAUCUUAUGUCUAGUGUAUCAACUGACAACCUACUUCAUACUAAUUUGAUAUUCAAAUUAUUUGUAAAUUGCUACACCCCUAUACAAAUCGAAGCUUUACCGUUCGUGCUCAUGUAAAUUUUUGUAACUACUUGUACUUGAGAUACAAAUAUAUAUUUUAGUACAAGCAUUACCAUGUAGACAUUUAAGUAUCUGUUCAUGAUAAUAUAUUAUGGAAACUAUGUUGAUUUGUUACCGGAUUAUUAGAUUGUUUGGCAAGUCUACUUGAUCGUGAAGAGCGAGUGGUUUUUGAUUUUGGUAGGAAUUUCAUGAGAAGUGGUUACUUAUCCAGAGAAAAUUGUCACUUAUCCAGGUCGCUUUUGCCAAUAUUAGUAAUAAUAAUUUCGAGACGUUAGAAUGUUAUAUUUAGAACUGCAGGGAAUGAGUAAUGAGAGUAAUGCGCUUUCCAACGAUGAAAAAAAAGAUUAUUGAAAAUCGUUUCAAUCUAGAAACCGAUCAAAUGUACAAACUGAUCAAAUUAUUUAACCGUUGUUCUCAAUACAAAAUGACGAACAUUUAUCAUAGCUCAAGAAACAAUUUGGAAUUUUGUUCUCAAGAUACCUGCAAUUUUAUUUCCUUUACAUGAAAACUCAAGUAUGCAUCCAAUUAAUUGAUAAUUCUUUUUGAUCUCAAGUAUUCUCUAUUGAUCCAUUCCAUAAGGAAAUCCGUUAUUUAAUUGUUUGCAAUUAUUAACCCAGACAAAAAAUGUCCAAGUGAAGAUUUGGUAGAGGUAUACCAACAGUACCUAAAUUAUAUUUAUGAAACAAUUCAUUCAGAGUUGUAUAUAGUGCCAUAUACGGUACGGUACUUCAUUGUUGCUAAAGUAAAAGUUAUUGCAGGCAAGUAUUCGAUCCUGUACUGUGAGUCCCUUGGUAAACAUGCUUGUAUUCCAUGUUUUAAUAUUGUGAUCGAAGCUAAUUUGAGUUUUUAUUAAAGUGGUAACAUUUAUUGGAUAUACCUAUAUCAAACUAUUUGAAAUUUGUUAUGAUAAGUUGCAGGUUUGAGAAAGGAAAAUUGUUAAUGAAUAGUUUAAUUUGACGUGUGGAACGCGUUUGGAGAUAGGCUACUCAUUGAUAGUUGAAGUUAUGCUAUCAGAGGAAAUUUUUUGUUUAAUCACUCUUAAUUUGAAAUGUUUAUACGUUUUUGUUUAUUUUUUUUAAUUAUUCGAAACGCAUUUAUAUGUUCAAUAUUCAUUAAAAUCGCAUUAUUUGAAUUAUUUUAAUCAGCAAGUCUUCCAAGAUGAUUGACAAACAAAUACUGUGAUCCUGUAUAAAAGAGAAUUUGAUUGCUUAGUUGUUAGAAAGAGACAUUAGAGUUAGCUAAUAUGCUUGAAAUUAUUAUUUUCGAGCCAAGGAAUCACAUGCCAUACUUUAUGAGAACGACAUUCUGGUUGUCGAGUUGUUUUAUAUAUUUUGAUAAAUAUUGGAUUCUAUUAUUGCAAUUAAAGUCAUUAGUAAUGAAACAAUUUGUAUGAAUAAAUAUAUUUUUAUGUUAAUGA